GCAAAUACUGCCCGCGUCAACUACUUCUCUGGCCACCAGCUUCAACAAUCGUCCCCGGCUUACCAUCUCUCCCCGCCUCCCUUUUCUUCUCCCGCGAACAGUUUUUGACAACCUGUUCUGCGGCCCGCUCUCCUCCAAACUUCUUUCCGCCGUUAUGGCGACCAGGUUACUGAGGCCGCAGUUGCUGCGAUCCUCCCAAGCUGCGUUUGAGUGCGCCUUCUGCGCACAACGCCGGACAACCCAGUUCUCUCGAAUAAGACUGCAUAGUAAGAUUCGACAGCCUCAUCUCUCGAGGUCCUACGCCACCAUCAAUCCCGGGGAUCCGAAGCCGCCGGAGGAGGAUCCCAAGAAGAAGGACAAAGGCGACAAGACUCCUUCAGAAAAAGAGAAAGAGUCGCACAAAUCACAAGAUGGAGAUGCAAAGUCGCAAGAGACGGCGGCCAAACAGGACCUCGUGCAGCUCAGCGAGGAGGAAACCAAACAGAUCCAAGAUCUCGCAAAUAUGAUGAAGAUGGGUCUGCCGAAAUCCCAGGCCGCCGCCAUUGACGAGGCGGUCGAGCUCAUGAAGAAGGGCGGAGUACCCAAGGAGAUUCAAGAAGUACUCGAGGCUCGGAGGAAAGAUCCCAAACACCACAUCUCACUGGCAACGGUAGUUCGAUUGGUUUCGGUCUUUACAAAAAUGUCCCGCAUGACUCCCGAGGAGGUUCGAGAAAAGUACGGCGUGAAUGCACGUUCCGACAAAUCUGAGUCGACUGACGAGACACCUCUUUUCGAGCAAUCCAACAAGAGUCAGGAUGGCAAGCAGAAACGCAAGCAAAAUGAUGGACAACAGAAGGAGCAGAAGGGAUCGAAAUUUGAGCUCAGGCUCGACGCUGGCACUGCUAUCAUGGCCGCUUUUCUGAGUUAUUACACCUAUCGCAGUCUGUUCCCAGGGGAGAAUUCGAGAGACAUCACAUGGCAGGAGUUCCGCACGACCUUUUUCGACAAGGGCCUCGUCGACAAAUUGACCGUCAUCAAUCGGAAUCGUGUCAGAGUUGAGCUUCAUCGCUCGGCCGUGGCGAACAUGUACCCUGAUUCUCCCGCAGCUCGACCUAACUUCUACUACUACUUCAACAUUGGUUCCGUCGAAGCUUUCGAGAGAAAAUUGGAUGAGGCGCAUCAAGAGCUUGGCAUUCCUAGCAGCGAGAGAAUUCCUGUCGCCUACUCUGACGAGGUGCCUCUGAGCGCCGCUCUCUUCUCCUUUGGCCCUACCAUUCUCUUCAUCGGAGCUCUCUUUUGGCUGUCAAGAAGAGCGGCGUCUGGAGCUGGGGGAAACAGUGGCAUCUUCGGUAUUGGCAAAUCCCGGGCCAAGCGCUUCAAUCACGAAACCGAUGUCAAGACGAAGUUCGCUGAUGUCGCUGGUAUGGAUGAGGCCAAGCUUGAAAUCAUGGAGUUUGUGUCUUUCCUGAAAGACCCUUCAAGAUACCAGAAACUAGGUGCCAAGAUUCCUCGAGGUGCUAUCCUAUCUGGUCCUCCCGGUACUGGUAAGACUCUGCUGGCCAAGGCCACGGCAGGCGAAUCUGGCGUACCUUUCUACUCAGUCUCCGGUUCCGAGUUCGUCGAGAUGUUUGUCGGUGUAGGUCCAUCCCGAGUAAGAGAUCUUUUCUCAAACGCCCGGAAGAACGCGCCCUGCAUUAUCUUCAUUGAUGAGAUCGAUGCUAUUGGCAAGUCUAGGGCGAAAUCAAAUUUCGGAGGAGGCAACGACGAGCGAGAGUCUACUCUCAACCAAAUUCUGACCGAAAUGGAUGGUUUCAACACUUCAGAACAGGUGGUGGUCCUCGCUGGCACAAACAGACCUGAUGUCCUGGACAAGGCCUUGAUGCGUCCAGGUCGUUUCGAUAGACAUAUCGCCAUUGAUCGACCCACCAUGGACGGACGAAAGCAGAUUUUCCAAGUUCAUCUCAAAAAGAUCGUAACCAACGUCGACUUGGAGUAUCUGACUGGUCGUUUGUCAGCUUUGACGCCUGGCUUCUCUGGUGCCGACAUUGCCAAUUGUGUCAACGAGGCUGCUCUGAUUGCUGCUCGUGCAAAUGCGCCCUCGGUGGAGAUGGACCAUUUUGAGCAAGCUAUCGAGCGUGUCAUUGGCGGUCUUGAGAAGAAGUCAUUGGUCCUAUCGCCCGAAGAGAAGAAGACCGUCGCUUACCACGAAGCCGGUCAUGCCAUCUGUGGCUGGUUCUUCAAGUACGCUGAUCCUUUACUCAAGGUCUCUAUCAUCCCACGUGGCCAAGGUGCUCUUGGUUAUGCCCAAUACCUACCUGCAGGAGGCAACGAUGUGUACCUGAUGAGCGUCAAGCAACUUAUGGAUCGAAUGGCCAUGACGCUCGGCGGCCGAGUCAGCGAAGAAAUCUGGUUCGACACAGUGACGAGUGGUGCAUCUGAUGACUUCAACAAGGUCACGCGAAUGGCCACGGCAAUGGUGACCGAAUGGGGCAUGUCCUCAAAGAUUGGCUACCUUCAUUACAAGGACGACGAACAGAGACUUCACAAGCCUUUCUCCGAGGAGACGGCCCGGCAAAUCGACCUGGAAGUCCGCCGGAUCGUCGAUGACGCAUACAAGCAAUGCAAGGAUCUCCUGCUGGAAAAGAAAGACCAACUCCAUGCGGUCGCGGAAGAACUUUUGAAGAAGGAGGUGCUUGUUAGAGAUGACCUGGUCAGAAUUCUUGGACCGAGACCGUUCGAGGACCAGGGUGAUUUCCACAAGUACUUUGACAACACUGGGGGCAAGAGCGCACCACCGCCACCACCAACCGAACAAGAAGGCCCAGCUUCAGAUGAGCCUUUGCCGGGCACUCCCGCACCUGCAUUCAAGCGCAUUGACCGACCUGAUUCUCAAAUGUUCUGAUCAAUCUCGCGCCAUUCCACCUAACUGGGCAUUCUUGUAUCGAGGAUGUCCCGCCAUCGACAAGUAACACGCGCGCCUGCACUACCGCGCAGUGAGGGGCCACCUCGUCACCGGAAAGCUAAAUACCUAACGUCGUCCCACAUGUUACAAAAGAAGAAGACAGCUCAGCCAUUUCGAUAUUACGAGCUCGUCACCAGACGGUCUCUCUUGGAUCGCUUGGACUGCCAAAACACGAUGCUCAUUCAAUGUGGCUGGGCCCAGAUACCGUUGGUCCUGGGGAUGUUUUGGAACCAAUUCAACAAGAGGGGGAACGUCUUCUGUGUAUAUAUAUUUUCCACAUUUUGUCGUACCGUCGUGCUUGCCAUUCAAGAGAGCGAGCGAGCGAGCGAGGGCACAUGGCUUUGGGAGGGGAAAAAUGCAUCGCAGCGGCGUAGGACAAUGUUUGAGUAGAUACCGGGUCGUCCACCAGCAAGAAAGAAUGGUGGAGGGACAUAUACCAUGGAAGCAAAGAAUCGCAACUUUUUUCUUAAAGAACAACAAAAAGAAACAAAAAGACAUUUCGC